UCAAAGUAGCCGGCGCCGGAGAAACUGAGAGAGUCAGAGAGAUGUUCAGAAUCGAAUUGCUAAAAAGCACACUGACUCGAUCUCACCCACAGAGAUUUUAUCGUGUAUCGUCGUCCCUCUUAUCAACAUGGUACUCUCCAGAAACUAUUUCUCAAGCAGACAACGACGACGACGACCCAGUUCUUAUCAAACUCUCAGUUGCCAUCAGAGACUCUUACAAGGAUCCGCCGUCGGAGUUCUCUUCUUUUACUGCCGACCCCUCUAUCAGAAAGGUUCUGCCUUCGCUCAGUGUUCGUCAUGUUGUCGAUCUCAUCAACCGUAACCCUCUCUCCCUCCCACACCGUUCUAUCUUCGCUUUCUUCAAAUUCAUCUCAUCUCAGCCUGGAUUUGGGUUUACCGCUGAAUCAUACUUCUUCAUGGCUCGUUUUCUCGCUAUACACGAGAUGUUCACGGAAGCACAAUCACUUAUCGAGCUCGUCGUCUCUCGUAAAGGCAAAAACUCGGCUUCUUCAGUUUUUGAUUCUUUGGUAGCAAUGCGAGGAGCUCCUAUGUGUGGUUUCCUAGUUGAUGCUUUGAUGAUCACGUACACGGAUCUAGGUUUCAUACCCGAUGCUGUUCAAUGUUUUAGGCUAUCUCGGAAGUAUAAAUUUGUUGUUCCAAUUCGUGGUUGUGGCAAUUUGCUUUAUCGGAUGAUGAAACUGAAUCCAACUGGGACUGUUUGGGGAUUCUAUAUGGAGAUUUUGGAUGCUGGGUUUCCUUUGAAUGUGUACGGUUUCAAUAUCUUGAUGAACAGAUUUUGUAAAGAAGGCAAUAUAUGUGAUGCCCAGAAGGUGUUCGACGAAAUUACUAAAAGAAGCUUGAAGCCUUCAGUUGUUAGUUUCAACACUUUGAUUAAUGGUUACUGUAAAGUUGGAAACUUGGAUGAAGGGUUUAGGCUCAAGGAUCGUAUGGAGAAAAGCAGAACACGCCCAGAUGUUUUUACCUAUAGUGCCUUGAUUAAUGCGUUGUGUAAAGAGAAUAAGAUGGGUGGAGCACAUGGCUUGUUUGAUGAGAUGUGUGAGAGAGGGUUGCUCCCAAAUGAUGUUAUUUUUACUACUUUGAUUCAUGGUCAUAGUAGGAGUGGACGGAUUGACAUGAUGAAAGAAAGUUACGAGAAGAUGUUGAGUAGGGGUCUUCAGCCUGAUCUUGUUCUAUAUAAUACUUUAGUAAAUGGCUUUUGUAAGAAUGGGGAUUUAGUGGCCGCAAGGAAGAUAGUUGAUGGGAUGAUCCGUGGAGGUCUGAGGCCUGACAAAAUAACAUACACAACUCUUAUUGAUGGAUUUUGUAGAGGAGGAGACGUAGAAACAGCUUUGGAGAUAAGGAAGGAAAUGGUUCAGAACGGGAUUGAACUCGAUAGGGUGGGUUUCUCAGCUCUUAUUUGUGGAAUGUGCAAAGAAGGAAGAGUCGUUGAUGCUGAAAGAGCUUUGAGGGAGAUGCUGCGAGCUGGUAUGAAACCGGAUGAUGUAACUUAUACAAUGAUGAUGGAUGCAGUCUGUAAGAAAGGUGAUGUUCAAACCGGUUUCAGAUUGCUCAAGGAAAUGCAGAGCGAUGGGCAUAUUCUUAGUGUUGUGACGUAUAAUGUUCUGCUGAAUGGACUAUGCAAAUUGGGACAGAUGAAG